AUGAGUGCGCCGGGCGUACCCCCGUCGCGGUUCGUGAGCCAGGAUGAGCUGAAUGAGGAGGAGGAUCGCCGUGAGAAGGAGCUGAAGGAGGUGUAUGAAUGGAUUGGACAAGAAAUGCCGGAGCGCGCGCCGUAUGAAGACAAGUACGACCCACGGCCUUUGUACGAGCGGUUGAAAGAGCAGCAAGACAAGAAGCAGGAUGAGAUGGAUGAUAUGUUCCGUCUAGCGAAUCAGUACCGCGGUCUGGACGAGUCCGAGUCCAUGUUCCUCGCGGAUGUGCAGCGCGAGAAGAAACGCCGUGAGGACGAGAAGAAACGCGAGGAUAACACGGCCCUAGAGGAGUUCCGGAAAGCGGCAGAGAGCAAGGCUGCACCGUCACCGAGCACGGAACGCACCGUCCCCAUGCCGACGAUUCCCAAAAGCAAGCCGCGCUCAGCUGCGAAACGCAAACGCGACGGAGCUUCGGCGUUGGGUAUCGUACGCAAGCCGGCCAAGGACACAGAAAAGCCUUCGAACGAUAAGGAUGUACCUACGAAGAGCGUACAAGAUGCCCCUAUGUCGUCCAGUGAGAAGAGCACAAGCGCAGAUUCGGACGCAUCAGCCAAGCGCCCAAAAAGCAAAGAAUAG